GUUUGUACAUAGUGUUCUAAACAGAUGUUCUUCAAACUGAUCAUUUUGUUGACCCAACGGUUGGUGUUCUUCAACAACUUUGUGCAGAAAUAUUUGUCCAAAAAGUCAGCUUUGUGUAAGCGAAUUCCAGAAUAUUUAGAUGCAUCAUUGUUAGACUAACACACGCGUCAGAAACGAUAGAUUAUCUUCUAGGUUCAGCGGCAGUUUAGUUACGUGAUUCACCGAUCGUCUGCUACCAACCAAAUUUCGAAGGAUUUCAACGUUGGCCCAGCUUUAAUUGACAGGAAAAACAAUGGAAACAGAUCCUCAAAAAGAGAACGUGAUAAUGACAGGUGGCUCAUUCACUGCAAGCGACGAUACAGACUCCGUUAUAACAACACAACCGCGCAAGACUUCACGCAUGGAAACCGGAAGCCGAGCAAAAGCGAUAACGGCGGGGAAAUCGACAUUUGAUGACGCGCAUUGUGAAAGGGACUGGGCAGAUGGACUAUGUCAAUGUAAAAGUGACGAAAGACGACAUUGUUGCUGUUACUUUUGUUGUUGGCCUUAUUUGAAGUACAUUAUAGCGACACGUCUCGGAGAAACGCCCUUUAUGGCCUUGAUUCCCUGUGCCGUAUUCGCUCUACGUAUCAAAGUCAGGACAUUGUUCGGCAUUAAGGGAUCAUUGGUAAAAGACUUCUGCACCACCCUGUGUUGUGAGCCAUGUGCAGUUUGCCAAAUGAGCAAAGAACUCGAUAGUAUAGGCCUAUGACACCGAAACAUUUCACCUAUAUAUCAUCUAGAUCUACAAGUAUUCAUGAUUUUGUUUCAACAGAUGGCUACAGAAUAUUUCAGUCUCAUGUAUUACUGUCCAUCGUACGAAAGUCUAUUAGUAUCAUGUAAAAAAAAAAAAAUCACAUUCUAUUAUCUGGUAAUUACGAGAUAAUUAACUCUUAAUUACCAGAAAAGAUCUUGUAGUUACGAAUAAAGAUCUCGUAAUUGCGAAAUAAUUAUCUCAAAAUUACAAGAAAAAUAUCGUAAAUACGAGAUAAUUAUCUCGAAUUCGCGAGGAAAAUUAUCUCGUAAUUACGAGAAAAUAUAUAGAUAUUGGUUACUCAUACCUUUUUAUAUAAAAGUUCUUUUCUCUUUCCUUCGUCCUUCGUAGUUUUUUAAAUGCUGUUUUGAAUAUAAGAAAUCAUUUUUCGAUCGAAACAUGCCAACUAGAACGUACUGAGUGAAUGUUUAUUUAUGUAUUUAAAGUGCAAAGGAAAGAAAACGAUGAUUUAUUAUUUCAUUAUUGUAAGAUUCACCAUAGAUUAAUUAACUGUUACAAGUUUCACGAUAAUAUAAACUUAUGAAAAAGUUAAACCAUCAUAAUGCUUAAUGUGGCGUGUACAAAAGUUCAAGACUCUUGUAGUUCCGGUGUGCACACUGAUAAUUUCAAUGUGUUGAUCAAGCAACAUGGAAGGAAAUAAAAACUUGUUGAGUAUCUUUUCAUCUUAUUAAAACAUUCCAAAAUAACGUUUCAAUAAAAUUAUUCACGUAGGACAUCUUUUUCCGUUUUCCACAUCGAACGCUUCCAAGACUAUUCAUAAGUUGUGCAACUCAGCUUUAUAUACAUGUACAUAUUUUUCCUUCUAAUUUCUAGAAUAUUUUCUUUUAGUAAACGAGAUCUUUUAUCGUAAUUAUAGGAUCUUUUCUCGUAAUUUCAAGAUCUUUUUUCGUAAUUACGAGAUCUUUUCUUGUAAUUAUGAAAUAGUGGAAUGUGAAUUUAUAGUUUAUAUGAUACUAAUAGGCUUUCGUGCCAUCGUGUAAACUAGAAGUAUUUUUCAAAUUUUUAAUGCUAUUUUCAUAUUCAAUGAAUUGUUUCUACAGAUUGUAAGAUAUGACAUGAUGUCUAUUCACAAGUCAACAGAAAUCUACACUAUAAAGUGCAGUGAUAUUUUUAAUUCUUACCUAGGAUUGACUUUUGACAAGCACCACCUGGAUAGAACAUUUACAUAUAUAAGGAAGACUUAGACAGUUAUGUUUGACUUAUAAGAGUUAUUAAAUGGCUGUUUUACUGCAUAUGUGACACCAGUGGUAAAUAUACUUUUCAAUAAAAUAACACGACUCAA